AUUACCAGCAGAACAGGUUAUGCAGUGACUAUCAAGCUGUUCAGAACCAGCAGUGAGCGAGUUAAGUUAAUUGCAAGUCUCCUUCCUCUGACAAGCACAGGGUUAAUCCAGUUCCAGACCUUACAAUCUGAUACCAGGAAAUGCAGCAGCUCUGGAUACACCUGAGCAGAGUGCACCUGACGGAGUCCUGAGACCCUCAACAGGUGUCAGACAUGGAGGAGAUGACAAUAUGGGAACAGUACACAGUCACAUUAAUUAAAGAUCCUCGCAAAGGUUUUGGAAUUGCCAUAUCAGGGGGAAGAGAUCGGCCAUCUGGAGUAGAUGGAGAUAACUCUGUUAUUGUGUCUGAUGUAGUUCGCGGAGGGCCAGCAGAUGGCAGAUUACAAACCCGGGAUCGCAUUGUCAUGGUCAAUGGCGUCUCAAUGGAGAAUGUGACAUCAUCAUUUGCUAUUCACAGUUUGAAAGCAUGUUCUCGAACCGCCAAUAUAACAAUGAAAAGACCUCGGAAGAUUCAGAUCCCAGUAACAACUAUGUCCUCGCAUUCUGCACGGCCUUCUUAUUCUUCACGGACAGCUCGAUCAACAGAAACCCCCAUCUCUGAUCCUCCCCGCAGUGAUGCAGAAGAGCCAGAGUCUCCUUUGCCAUGGAGGGGAAGAUAUGACAGCUCCAAUCAGGAACCCCCUGAGGAUACAGCAAGGGGUUAUGAAGGGGAUUCAUCAAGUGGUCGUAGCUCUGGUGGGUCUCGCACCCCAUCUUCCCAUCAUUCCAGACACCGUAGGACAAGAGGUGUGGGUAGUGAGGUGGAUGGAUACUCGCGACGGAGGGGAGCUGGAAGAGAUACAGAAAGCUAUCAUAGACGGACAGAGACUCUCAGUGAUAGGGGCAGUGACAUGAGAGGAUCAUUUCCCAAUGGUCUUGAGUUAGUGUCUGGUUUCAAACGAUUACCCCCUCAGGAUGCGCCAUCCAAACCUGUGAAAGCUGUGCUGGUGAAGAAAAUGGACAACCAAGAAUAUGGUUUGAAGCUGGGUAGUCAGAUCUUCAUCAAACACAUCACAGACACUGGGCUGGCUGCCCAGGAGAAAUCCCUGCAGGAGGGAGACCUCAUCCUCAAGAUUAACGGGGUGGCGAGUGAGAACAUGUCCUUGGCUGACACUCGUCGGCUUAUUGAAAGGUCAAAGGGCAAACUGACCCUCACCAUCUUGAGAGAUAAUCGUCAGUUCUUAGUCAACAUUCCAGAAGUGAGGGACAGCGAGAGUGAAGGCAGGAGUUCCCCCAGAGAAGAUAUUUCCGAUUUGGAUUCUGAUCAGUCCCCACCUCCAUCACUGCCUCCCCCACCACCCCCAACUCAACAGCUGCUCUUGAAGAGUUCCUCGGAGAGCGUUCAUACUGAACCAGAGAGACCAAGGUUGAACGGGACUUCGGAUUUGUGGACAGCUGAGCCAGAGCUAAAUGAUACAUCUCACGUGUUUCCCCCCUCACCAACAGAAGUGGCCGUAGAGACUCCCCAGCUCAUAUCCGAUUACCAAGAGGAGCCCGAGAUUUUGAACAGGAGGGAGAGAGAUGACCUGCGAGCAGGAUACAGCCCUGAUGCCCACCUUGUCCAGUUUAUGAAGGAAAAAAGUAUUGGACUGCGCCUUGCGGGGGGCAAUGAUGUGGGAAUAUUUGUUGCUGCUGUGCAGGAUGGGAGCCCUGCAGCAAAAGAGGGCAUGAAAGAGGGAGACCAAAUCCUGCAGGUAAACGAGACCAGUUUCCAUAAUAUGACACGUGAAGAUGCUGUGAAUUACCUGAUGGAGCUUCCGCAGAAUGAGGAGGUUAUAUUCUUAAUACAGGGCAAAGAAGACAUUUACAGGAAAAUGAUUAAGUCUAAUGUUGGGGACUCUUUCUAUAUUCGUACUCAUUUUGAUUAUGAGGCGGAUACUCCUUCGAGCUUGAGCUUCACGCGGGGAGAGAUCUUCCAUGUUCUGGACACUAUGUACCGUGGGAAGCUGGGAAGUUGGCUUGCCAUGCGCGUGGCCAGAGACCUGAAAGAAAUGCAAAAGGGAAUACUCCCUAACCGCAGCAGGGCGGAGCAGUACGCCAGUCUAGAGAAUGUCUUGAAACCACCGUCAUCAUCUGGCCCUCGAGCUGAGUUUUGGAAAUUAAGGGGUCUACGGGGGGCAAAGAAGCUGCUAAGGAAGAGCAGAGAGGACCUCUCUGCCCUGACUAGCAAAGCCAAAUACCCUCCAUAUGAGAGGGUGGUGCUUAGAGAAGCAAGCUAUAAACGACCAGUAGUUAUUCUGGGUCCAAUCACAGACAUUGCCCAUCAGAAGCUUUGUGCUGAAAUGCCCCAGGAGUUUGAGUCUGCAGAGAGUGUGUCUCGUGACGAAGGGACGUCUAAAGUUAUCAAACUGCAAGUUGUCAGAGAGAUUGCAGAAAGGAAUAAGCAUGCGCUCCUGGAUAUCACCCCUACGGCGGUGGAACAUCUAAACUAUGUACAGUUCUAUCCUAUUGUUAUAUUCUGCAACCCUGAGAACAGACAGGGUGUAAAGGCAAUGAGGCAGUGGUUGCUUCCUGAAUCCAAAAAGAGCUCUCGGCGUCUGUACACACAGGCAGUGAAAAUAAGGAAGAACUACUCUCACCUCUUUACUGCCACUGUCAACCUAAGCGGAGCAAGUGACUCAUGGCUACGCAACCUAAAGGAAAUAAUUCGGACGGAACAAGCAAAACCAAUAUGGACUACAGAAGAUAAGAUAGAGAAUGCAACUGCAGAUCCUCUGGACCUCCUGGAUGACCCUACACCCGCUGUUACUGACUACUUGAGCUGCGACAGCCGUGCUAAUAGUGACUACGAGGAGACGGAUGCUGAAGGAGCAGCCUACACAGAUAAUGAGUUGGAGGAGGAGUUCAGGGAACCUGCUCUAGCCAGAUCCUCUGAACCAGUUCAGGACCACUCAUUCCCAUAUUACAGAGACAACUCACCAGAAGAAACGUCUACUUUCUACAGACACCAGUCGCCUCCUGAACCGUCAUUUUACUAUAGAAGCCAGUCGCCAUCUGAACCCAACUCUGAGUACAGAGAAUGUUCUCCUGAAACUGCCUCAUACCACAGAACACAGUCGCCUACUGAAUCAUACUCCCCAUUUAGAAACCAGUCGCCAGUUGAGGACAGAAAUAGAGUGCCAAAGGCCAUGACGACACAGCCUCGUGGUCAAUGGAAUCCUGAAUCCAGCAACAGUCGGAAUUAUGAACAUGAAGCUCUGCGCAGGAAGUUUAACCGUGCGAGGAGUUCCAGUUCAGAGGAUGACAAUUACAGUUGGGGCGGCCCUGCUACAGAUCUCUAAAUCCAUCCAUCACACACUUCCAAUAUACCUUCUACAUCUCAGGGAAGAUUUACCCAUAGGUUCCACAAAAAAAUCAUCUUAAGAGUUAUCUGAAUACAAACGCCACUUGGAACAAACAAUGACGAUUAUCUUUUUUUUAUGUAUAAAAGUGCACAUUUAUUUACUUGUUUUUUUGUUUUUUUUACAAUAUCUAAUAAACAAUAUUUUAUCAUUUA